CCAUGGGGGCCAAGCAGACCAAAGGCCAAGAGCCCGGUGGGGCCAGUCCUCAACACAGCUGGAAACGAACUCCCACCAAGGAGAGGGGGGACAUCUUGGCCUCCCUGAUGCUGAAGUCUGGAGACCGGCUGAAUCGUGCAGGAACGCCACCACCGCCCUAUCAGCGCCGGAUUGGGAUGAUCCAGGAGAUGAUGAUGAUGGCCAAGCAGGGCAAGCAGGACGAAGCCACAGAGAUGCUUAAGACACUCAGACAGGACCUGGGUAUGGAGUCUACCUCAUUGGAUGACGUGCUGUAUCGCUAUGCCAGCUUCCGAAACCUGGUUGAUCCCAUCACACAUGACCUGAUCAUCAGCCUGGCCCGAUACGUCCACUGCCCCAAGACGGAAGGAGACUCUCUUGGGGCGAUGGAGAAGGUUUGUCGUCAGUUGACGUACCAUCUCAGUCCCCACUCUCAGUGGAGGAGACAUGGAUUGCUGAAGAGAAAACCUCAGGCCUGUCUGAAGGCAGUCCUGUCAGCCCCAUUGUCCAGCGGAACCCUGGAUUUCUCUGGCAUCCCUCUGACGACUCGGGACAUGGAGCGUCUAUCUGUGCACCUGCAGCGUCACGCGUCCAAUGUGGUCAGUUUAGAGUUGGGCUUCACAGAGCUGACUGACGAGGCUUUUCUCCAGCUUUUCCCCACGCUGGCUUCACUGCCACACCUGGAGACCCUGGCUCUGAAUGGAAAUAGGCUAACCAGAGCUAUUCUGAAGGAGCUCACUGAUGCCCUGAAGGAUCCAAACAGUUUUCCAAGUGUGACAUGGAUUGACUUGGGAAACAACGUAGACAUCUUCUCCUUGCCUCAGCCCUUCUUGGUCAGCCUGAGGAAGCGUUGUCCAAAACAGGGCAAUCUGCCCACCAUUCUGGAGUUCGGUGAGAGUCAGGCCAGCGACCCUCCCGAAAGACUAAGGGGUCUCGGAGAAGAGGAGGAGACCGACGAUACCAACCUGACUGAGAGCAUGGGUGAGCUCCGAUCAGAAGUGGACGGGGAGAUGGACGGAGAGACGGAGAUUGAGGAGAUGAUGGAGGAGCUGCUGGACUUUGACAGGGAGAUUCAAGGCAAGGAUGACGAGGAGGAGAGCAUGUGGAUGCUGGGGGAGCAGAGGAGAGCGACAGUGAGGAGCAGGAGAGCGCGGCAAGAGGAAGAUGAGGGGGAGAAGCAAGAGAAGAAGGAGGAACAGAGGAGAAAGAUACGACCUAGGAGGAAGGCGGUGAUGGCGGAGGACGAGGACGAUUCACAGAGUCACUCAUCCCGCCUGUCCUGCUCUAGCCAGUCCCAGCACUCCUGUGCUGCAGUUGAGCCAAUGAGAGUGGAGGAGGAGGACAUGACGGACCAAUCAGAACAUUUAACCUGAGUAUUGAUCCCAGAUCUGCUUGUGUUUUACUUCUUCUGUCCCGUCCUAUGUGGACAGAGGCAACGGGAGCCUUAGAAUACCUGAGUACAGGCUGCAGCGUUGCAUGCAAUUCUUGAGAAAGCCCCCUUCGGUGAUCUGAUUUAUGACCAACAGAUCUGAAAUACCUGAGGUAUGCACAGAAUAGACUGAUGAGGCUUUUCUGUGCAGAAUGUUAAUGUUUAAGCAGGUCUUUCCUUGUUUUAAUUGUUCUAUAAUACCUAAAUGUGCCUGUAGCCCCUCCAUUCACUUGUUUAAAAUGACCAAACUGGAUAAAAGAUGUGGAUAUGUGCAGAACAUCUCCCUCCCACAUCCACCACCGGCAGGAUCAGGGGAAGAGCAGAAAUCAAAUAUAAGGCCAUCGGUGUAAAUUGGUUGCUGUUGUCCAAUUGAACAGGUGCACAGUGUUUUAGAGGAGGAGAGAAACGAGCCAGAGGGCAAACCAGUCAUGUAAAACAUCCCAUGAAGAAGUAAAAAAAAAAUCUUAUUUUAGACAGUGUGUAGAGAGGAUAAAUGUGCUAGUUCCUGCCAUUUCUCCAGAAUCUAAAACAUUUAGAAGUCUUUUUCCUCAUAAUCUAGGUCAUGCUUUACUCCAUGGUACUCCAUGUGUGCGUCACAUGCUUAUUGCGCUGUGUUUAUAUAUAUAGCCCCCGCCACCCCUAUGGUUGUAUUCAGGUAGCAGUAUGUAGCUCUCACCCAGCUGUGCUUUCCCUCCUCACAUCACUUCAUGCAAAGCUUUAACAGAUAAACUGUAUUUUUGGUUGUACUGUAAAUAGCAAAAUAUAUAUAUAAGUAUAGGGUGUUUGAGGAGAUAUUGUGUAGCUUAGUUAUGAAGUUAUGAUUACCAAGAGCUCAUUUAGUUUUACUGGGGUCUGGAACUGCAAUAUUUGUGAGCUAAACCAGACUAAUGAUGAGCAGGUUUAUUUUCACAGAAAGACAGGCCUAAACAUGCAGAAAAAUAUAUGAGAAUGAAAAAAAGCUUCAUCCAAAUGUAGUAAAACUGUAUAAAUUCAGAUGUUGCCUCCUUCACCUGUGGAGGUGUGGAAUGAAUAACUGGGUCUUGUAGUUCCAUGAAGUUCCCUAACAGAGAUUCCUUUAGAAUCAUUUGGAAUAAUCGCUUUGGAAUAAUAACUGGUAACAAGGCUGGGAACUGAACAGCAAUGCUUCAUACUAACAGAACCAUACAUAAGGAAGUCAUCUAACCGAAUUGGCUCUGGGUCAGUUCGCCCCUUUUCCAACUUGUACACACAUUUUGUACAUACGCAUUUCCAUUUCUUCCAUUCCUACUUCCAUUUCCUACCCAUGUACAAAAAUAUGAGGUAUGAGUUAAUUCUGCAUUGUAGAAAAAUAGAAAUUAGGGGUUCUGCAAAUGCUCAAAUAAAAUAAUCUAUUCCAGUUGCAUAUUAUUGCCUAAAAACUAUAUUUCACUGUAUUUCCAUUUGCUAUUGUUCUGAUCCCUGUUUAAGACAGUUCACUCUUAUCAAAUAUGACAAAUAAUGACCCCCAGUCAACUAAAAUAACUUUAAGUUGUAGAUAUUAUGUCAUCACAUAACCAUAUUUUCUUACAUUAUACAAUGAAUAUGGAAAAAACUUCAAAUCAUUUGUUGUCUAAGCCAGUACUAACCUUUGUUAGUAAGUACGAAUUGAUGCGUAGCUGGUACAAAACAUCUUGCAAAUCUGUAUCUGAAAGUGGGAUAUGAGACAGUCAAAAAUGCAAAAGCAUGAAAUAAUAUAUUGCAGGUUUAUGUUUUCAUGUGGACCAUAAAGGGAAGGUCAUUAAACACAUGGGGGGGACACAUAUUUACACAGAACAGGAGGUUCACUGUUAACGCUAUCUCUAUUCUCUGUGUAAAAAAGUGUUGGUAACUAAUCUUCCAAUGCAAAUAUGAUAACCGUUUAAAGGUGUAUUAAAUAACAUUUUCAUAAACCUCUAUGACAUUUGUUUCAUGAGGUUAGAAAUCUGCUUCGGUCUUGGCACCUCUCAGACUAGACAUUAGGUUCAGCCUCUGGAACCAUCCAGUCUGGACUGCUACUAAAUGAAGAGGCUAAGACAGGUAUCUACUGCAGGGAAGAUAACAACUGCUUAUAACCCUUUAAGAGAUCACUUGAAAACCUGGAACUAUCCCUUUAGCUGCUAAAUUUUGCUUCAAACCGAAACACACCACCUUACACGCAAAAACAUAUGUUGUUAUUCUGAAUGAAAUAAAACAUCUUAGCAUUUCUUUCACACCAUGUCACCAUCUCUGUUUAUUUAGCUGGAUUACCUGUUUUACUUUAGACCAAAUAUUCAGGUUUCAGGAGCCACCAUCACUCCUUCCUGACAAGACGUGACCCAGGUCAAGUCAGCUUUUUGUAUUCAGUCACUAACCAACCCUUAAUCAUAAGGCUGACGUAACAGAAUCAGCAAUCAGUAGAAAAAAACUUUUUUACAGAAAAGAAAUUUAAAAGGGGGAACUAUUGAGAAGUAUUUUUGAAAACCUAAAAUUAUUUAACUUUAGCAGAGAAUCCUCCCUCUGAAACUAGAGAGAAAAAAUGUUUUUUCAAAAGUACUUUUUAUCCACAACGGAAAAUAUUACUGAAGAAAAUGUGCAAUUCAAAAACAUUCAAGUAGACAAAAUUAAGUGUUUUAUUUAUACCAAUGAGUAGCUAAAUACUGAAAGAAGUCAAGCUGCACUAAGUGUAACCUUGGGUGUAAAACUAAAAUCCUACACCUGUGUUUGCAGGAAUUCAUUUGAGAGCUCAGCAUGUUUUUGAACCCCUGAUAGGAGCCUCAAAGUCUGUAAUAUAGAAAGUGGCUCCCAUAUUUAGUUUGUAUGCUGUUUCUGUGUUUUGCCUUUACCUGAACCCCAGUGGACUCUCUUGGUUGCAAUGCAACUAGACCAUUUCCAUGUUGAUUCCGAAGAAGUCUUGCAUCCAGGCGCCAUCUGUUAUAGUACCUCAUAUAGUUGCAUCGUACCUUUACCAUUUUCAAUUACUGUCAACAAACCUUGUCUGAACCUAAACUUUAGGGAGAAAUUAUGGGUUUAACUUACAUUACAGGACAUGAUCAGAAUCAGAACCAUAAUAUCCUUUAUUGUAAUUCUCACAACUACAACAAAAUUGACAACCGGAAAAGCCUAGAGCCGCUGCAGCUUUGUGUGCCGCCAUGUUAUUCAUUUCUUGAAACAGGCCAUCGCCAUCUACUGUAAGAAGUGUGAACAGACAAGCCUCCACAGAUUUGUUUUCCCCGACAAAGACUUGCGACCCAAUAAAAACAUAAAAAGAAUUCAUAUCCAAUGUUCGAUUGCUGACAAAAGAGAUAAGCACCCAGAUGGAAUGGUUAGAUUUGAUGGUAAUUUAGUUCAGAUGCAGAUCAAUAAUGGGAAUGCCAGCUAUCUAAUUUCAAUGAAGCUUGUACAUCCAGGAAGCACACAAGAGGGGAUAGUGUGUGGCAUCACAAAUGGAGCUUUAGUUCUAUCUAGCAGUAGCUGGAAACAGAGAAUGCUUUGUGGAUGCAAUAGACAGCAUUACCAGCAUCUAACUGAAUUGUAUAUGGUAACACUGGUGGUUUGCAUGAGGCCAGUUAAUUGUAUUAUGAAGUUUCCAGGUAUCAUUGCACUCCAAUGUUGAAACCAAUGGGCACAUGAUAGGUACCCACAUCAUUGUGAAGGUUCUGAUCACUCAGAACACACCACACUAAAGAGUAUUGUUGGUUUGUGUUUCAAACAUUAGAGGAAUUCAUGACUGUUGUGCCUUUCAUUUGGACAAAGGUUCAGUAAUGAAAACACCCUGUUUAAUCUGCUCCAUAUCUCAAUGACUAGCAACCGUUGGACUCUAGGUUCCCUGUUCCCUGUAUAGGCUUGCAUUUAAACCAGAGCAGAGACGCUGCGUUUGGAAUGGUGCAAUAGCUGGGAGGCAUGAGGUUGGCAGCAUACAUUGUUCAACAAUGAAACUUGCCUCUGCAUUACCACAUAUAAUCACCACAUGCACAUGUGGUGGGGUACCUUUACUCUGGUACUAAUUCAUUGGAGGCUGGUGGCACGGCCUUUACAGUCAACAAGACAGCACCCAUGGACACCUAGGCACUACCUGCCUGCUACUCCCUGCUGAGAUGAGAUCAUCAAUGUGCCUCUGCUGUCAGAUCUGUUAUCCAUUUUGGCCUGAUAUUGCAGUGCAGUCACGUGAUCUUAGAACAUGUGCAGUUUCACCACUUCAUCUGGGUUCUUAUGUUAGAGAGCGUAACUAAAUUAGCAAUAAAAGUAAAAGAUUCUGUUUUAAUCAUCUAGAACUAGAUUAAACUGUUUCACUGAGUAGAAUGAGACUCAUACUUUCUCCCUCAUAACAUUUGUUGAUGACAGUUUCUAAUAGAUUACGGUGGGCCACGAAGGUGGCAAAUCAAACAUCUAGCUUCAGUCAGAGAUGAAGACGCCAUAUUAUCUUACAAAUACCACAGCUCCAAAUGUUUUUCCUUUUUAUGACUUGAGUUUUAAGACUGAUCAAACAAUGAACCAAACAUGACAUUACUUCAGGACAUUUGUCAGACUUAAAACCCCUCCCUCUAGAGUGGAAAAAGGACAUAUCGUACCAAUAGAAGGUUUUCCGACUCCUUCAAGUCUUCUUAUAUCCUAGUCAUCUAAUAAAUGCUCAGGAAACAUACAGUACUCAACAGUGAGUAAUAAAGAGCAUGUUUCUGGAGUGUUUUCAUUGAUUACGACUCCUUUAUAUAAAAUAUACAAAACCUUUGUUAUGACAGUUGCUGCUGAGCUUUGGUGCAUCUACCUGUUUGGUAAGGCCACACAGCAGAUGCUACAUCAGUUUGGAGUUCAAGUGAAACAACAAAUACAUUGACAGAAUUGUGGGCAAUUUUGGCAAUGGAUACAGGAAGGAAUACUGAGGGCACGGCGCUGGUGGUGUAGGGGUUAAGCGCGCGACCAUGUGCAGAGGCUAUAGUCCUCUGUGUGGCUGUCCCGGGUGCAAGUUCCGGACCCGGCAACCUUUGCCAAAUGUCUCCCCCUCUCUUUGCCCCUCUGUCCUGUCUACCUACUACAAAAAAUGAAAAAUAAAGGACUCUAGUGCUGCAAAAAAUAUAUAUAAAAAAGGAAGGAAUAUUGAAAUAUUGUGUAAUACCUAAUGUGUGCAGCAUGGGGUUAAAUGUCAAAAAUAACCAUUUAAUUUGGAAACAGUUGGAUGUUUCUUUAUUGCUCUCAGCAGGACACCUCCAUCAUCAGCCUGCACGUCCUAGAAUCAGAUCCUGCCAGAAUGACUCUAAGACCAUCAGACUUGAAAUCCUCUCGCCAUACAUGAACAGACCUUUUUGACACCAGCCUUUUAUACUGUUUGGAAGGUAUAGCAGAGGUCCCUAGAGACAAACAUGGUAAUGGCAGCAUCAGGCUGUGGGGAUUUUAUUCAGGGAGAAGGGGUAGGAGAGUAAUCAGGUAGAGGGAAAAUGGACAGAGAAAAUAUGUGAUUUUUAUACCCCUAUUACACUAUUAAAUUUUUCCCUUGCAUAUCAGUUUAGGAAGAUUAUUCAGCAUUAAGGACACUCCAGCAUUGCCUUUAUUUGUAAUAACCGUAGUUAUUUGAUCUUAAUUGCCAGUACUAAGGAAUAAAUACAAAUGCUAUUCAGAUGUAGCACCAAAUACCAAAUAACAGUAGUUAAAGUUAUUAUAAACUAUGCAGACGCUCUGUCUGCAAUCAUGAAGAUUCAACACAUAUUGGAAUGCUGAUUGGUCAUAGCUCCCCCUUCCCUGACAGAAUCCAAUCUAUUUACUCUUUAACACAAACCAUGAUAACCAAGACCCAGUUGCAAGCUGUCCUUUUUCGUACACACCAGCUCCACCUUUGGUACUCUAAGCAGCAUGCUGAUGACAAAAAGUGGAAAGCAAGUGUGAUAUUUACCAGAAAAAUAUCUCAUUCAAAAUAAAGAAUUAAAAAAUCCAAAAGAUCACAUAUUGAAAUCUAGUCUACAUGUCAAUGGAAUUAUAUUUAUUUCAAUAUUUCAGAAUAAUUCAAACUCAGAUAUCCCACGACUAAAACAUAAAGGUGGGAAGUUUAAUUUAAAGGAUUCUGAUCCAGAUCUUACACAGUCAAUCUAUGCUGUGAUUAAAUCCCAGACCCAAAGAGUUACCCAAAGCUGGCCUCUUAAAAUAAUGAGACAGUCUUUUGGACAAUUCUUUGAAAGGAAGGGAUCUCUCAGGAUCCGGUUCACUUCAAAGAGCUUUAAAUACCAUCUCUAAUUGGAUUGAUUUUGUUUAUCCCUCCAACAGCAGCCAAGAAAGAAGAUACAUAUUUUUCUUCCAUUCAGCCUUGUAGGAGAGGCGGUUGAUGCAGAUGGACAUGUUUUCUUUUUAUUAUUUUUUAGGUUGAGAUUCUCAUUGAGUACUUAAGAUUUUCUUAACACGGACAAUUCUAGAUACAACACGAAGUAUUUAUCUUUUAUUAACCAGGCUUUUUUGCUUUCAUUUUAAUAUUAUUUUACCCAAAAGAACACAUUUUUUAAGAAAAUGUGAGAAGACUGAAACUUUUUUUAAACCAAGAAACAGAACAAAUUGGGCCUAAAAAAAUGGAAUUGUAGCCCUUUCUUUUAAUAAGGCAAACAUGUGACACCCUUUUAUGUUUAGAAUCUAUUAUGAUUUUCUUAUCCUAUUUCUGUAAAACAUUUUUUUAUUUUUUUAUUUAAUUAGAUAUUGCAUGUUUAGUUUUUUGUUAAGCAGGUAAAACGAAUCACAACAAAUAAUUUAAAUUAGACGACAAAAAUCAUAGUUUUUGGCGCCAGAGUCCUUUCAGCUUCACCAUUACGGCCCACAUGGCAAAAACCUUUGGACAUCACUGCAUUGGGAUUAGAUUGAUACACAUACUUCAUAGACAGAGUCUUAAUGUCCCACAAAAUGAACGAAAUCUCAUCACAUUUAAACCCACAGAUACACCAACAUACAUGGCAAUACAAGAAACACCAUUUUACCCUUAGGGUUCUCAGAGUUAGUUUAUAUUUGGGCAGGAAAACACACCUGAAAAACACAGCCAGGACAGAAAAGAGCCUUCAGGAAAAUUCUGUAGAAACCUUUGAGAGACCACGCCCGUGUCUGGACCUGACACUGAAAGGGUUGGAAAACGUUCCUUCAUCACAGCUAGAGAGGACAGCCAUAAGUCAAAAGUAUUAUAAUGACUUCCAUGUAGAACUGAGCUUAGAUUUACCAAAUACUCUCUACCAAAGUAAAAUGUGUGUUUUUGUGUCUAGUAAAGCCUUACAAAUCCAUCUAAAACCAUCUGCUGGUCUAUUUUGACUUGAUCUUCAUCAUAGCUGUUCAUCAGACUAUGGCAUUUUCUAUAUACAGAUAGUUAAUUGUUCACCUCAUUGACACCAGCAGAAUUUCAAUGCUUUUGCACAUCCAACUAAUGUCAAAAAAGAGAAUCCCUUUAAUCCUACCAAACAAUAAACAUGUACCCACCAGUGUCCCCAUUUUAUAAAGAAUGAACCCUUUAAAACAGAGGCCUGCCACAGAAGAAAAUUACUUUAAAUAUUGCUUGCUGUAUUGUACUUUAACUAUCCUCUGUUGUUCAGUCAGAGCAACAGGCUUUGUUUAUUCAGUGCUUUGGGGUCAGAGUCUUACAGGUUCAUUGUGGUGAUCACUCUGACCGCCUUCCAACUGCCCGCAGAGAGACCCAACCGGAGGUACAUGUACAUAAUCGUAAUGAGCUGCUGUUACGCACACGUCUGCUUUUAAUGUCAAGGUCAUGGCAGAUAUAAACAACCAGAUUGCAGCUUGAAUUAGCUCCAUAUAUCAACAGAUGGGAGUGUUUAAUUGGAAUAUUUUGAUCCAGAAAAUGCUAUAGAAAGAUCCUUAAACAUUUUGAUCGUAGCUUCAAAUGAUGACCUAGCUUUUCGGUGAUAGAAACUCACAUGUCAAUUCUCUCCAAAGUUUCAAAUUAUAGGGACAUGCAUUUUUUCCUCCUUGCAGAAUGACUAGUCCUUCUCAGUGUUACAGUAAGACAAUCAUAGUUUUCACUCCGGACUUACAGAAACCGAGAGAAGAUACUUUGUACAUCCUCCUCAAGGACUCUACUGAGAUGAUAUCGUGAUGUGGAAAAAAAUAACACGGCAGUCAAUCUGUAGGCAUGAAUGGCCUUGAAUUGUUCCUUGAUCAGUGACUCUUUAUUCUCUAUAUGCUCCUCAAUCUACAGUAUGCUUCUGUAAUGUUCUUUAUAUUAACUUGAUUUUUGUCAUUUUAUCCAGCUCAUUGUUUUGAAGAAAUUUGUAGACUUUUUAAAAUCCAAGAUGAUUUGUAUAACUAUGAUUUGCUGUUUGCCUUGGAUCUAACCAAUAAACUCUAUAAUAAAAGAA